CAGUUGUCACUAUUAUUUUGAUUUCAAAUAAUGUAGCUGGGUACACACGUGUUUUUAAAACUUAUAACUUUAAAACAGGUGGUUUUGAUAUAGAUAUCAAAAUGCCACCUUUUCGUGCUGGUUUGUUGAAAAGAAAAAUCGAGGCUGGUGAAGGAAACAAAAGUUCUAUACAUAGUAAAAAUGCAGAGAAAGAAAGUGCUACAGACAACGAUGAAGAUUUAAUAAAAGGAGAUCUGGAUCAUGGAGACGAUGCAACAGAUUCUGAACAUGAGCAAGAAGCGGACUCCGAUGUAGAACAAGAUAAAGUAUUGUUUGAAGAUAGUGCAGACUCAGUUCUUGGAGAUGAAGAUCAAUCGGCUGACGAUUCAUCUGAUUUGACAGAUUCAGAAGAAGAAGUAGAAUCAAAUGAAGAUAGCGAAGAAAAUGCAGAAUCCACAGAAGAUGAGAGUCCAGACAGUGGAGCUGAGUCAGCAGGGAAUGCACCAUUGGCUGCUAGCUCUGAUAUAAAUAAAAAUAUUAAAACAAAUGACAGAAAAAAGCCUACGCCAAAAAAAUCUAUUAAAAAAGGGAACAAGAAGAAUGAAGACAGUGUGGAGCUGUUAGCUAAUAAGAUUAGUGAAGCAGCUGUUACAACAGAACCAGUGCAGAAAAAGGAUGAGUAUGAGUCGGGAGACACAUCGGAUGAGGAGGACCGAGUGAACACCGCUGGAGACGUGCCAAUGUGGUGGUACAAUGAAUACCCACACAUUGGUUAUAACCUAGAUGGCCAACGGAUUGCUAAACCCCCACAACGCGAUCAGAUCGAUGAGUUCCUCAAAAAAUGUGAAGAUCCAGAAUUCUGGCGGACAGUAAAGGAUCCUGCCACUGGGCAAGAUGUCAUUUUGUCUAAGGAUGAUUUAAAACUCAUAGAGAGAAUACGGAAAGGUCAUAUACCUUCUGAAACGCAUGACGAAUAUGAGCCGUGGGUGGAGUGGUUCUCGCGCGAGGUGCUGGCGACGCCGCUGCGCGCCUUCCCCGAGCACAAGCGCUCGUUCCUGCCGUCGCGCGAGGAGCAGCUGCACGUGGCGCGCAUCGUGCACGCGCUCAAGAUGGGCUGGACCAAGACGCGCCGCCAGCUCGCGCUCGAGCGCAAGGGCCGCCGGGAGAAGAAGUUCUACGACCUGUGGGGCUCGAGCGCGGAGGGGGAGGGCGCGGGGCGCGGCGGCGCGCGGCACAUCCCCGCGCCGCGCCGCGCGCCGCCCUCGCACGCCGAGAGCUACAACCCGCCGCCCGAGUACCUCCUCGACAAGAAGGAGAUGAAGGAGUGGGACAAGCUGUCGGAGACGCCGUGGAAGCGCAAGCACUCGUUCCUGCCGACGCGGCACGCGGCGCUGCGGCUCGUGCCCGCGUACGGCCGCUUCGUGCGCGAGCGCUUCCUGCGCUGCCUCGACCUCUACCUCGCGCCCCGCGCCAUUAAGAUGCGGCUGACGAUAAACGCGGAGGACCUGGUGCCGAAGCUGCCGUCGCCGCGCGACCUGCAGCCCUUCCCCACGGGCGAGGUGCUGCAGCUGCGCGGCCACGCCGGCCUCGUGCGCGCCGUCGACUUCGACCCCAGCGGCCAGUACGUGCUCUCCGGCGGGGACGACGGCACGCUGCGCGUGUGGGAGACGAGCACGGGGCGGUGCCUGCGCACGCUGCAGCUGGGUGGGGGGGGCGAGGGGGGCGCGGGCGAGGGGGGCGUGUCGCGCGCCGCGUGGACGCCGGCCGGCGGGCUGAGCCUCGUGGCGGGCGCGGUGGGCGCGCGCCUGCUGCUGCUCAACCCGGGCGCCGGCGUGGGCGCGCACCGCGUGGCCGCGCGCACCGACGAGCUGCUGCGCGACGCGCCGCCCUCGCACGACGUCGUCAUGGACGAGCGCACGCGGUCGUGCGUCACGUGGGAGACGGUGAGCGACAAGCAGUGGGCGAGCGGCGUACGGAUAUCGAUAAAGCACUUCAAGCCGAUAGCACACCUGAGCUGGCACGCGCGCGGCGACUACCUGGCGGUGACGCUGCGCGAGGGCGCGGCGCGCGCGGUGGUGGUGCACCAGCUGUCGCGGCGCCGCUCGCAGCUGCCCUUCCGCACGGCCAAGGGGCUGGUGCAGUGCGCCGCCUUCCACCCGCACCGGCCGCACCUGUUCGUGGCCACGCAGCGCGCCGUGCGCGUGUACGACCUGGCGCGCCAGGAGCUGGUGCGCAAGCUGGAGACGGGCGCGCAGUGGGUGAGCUGCCUGGCGCCGCACCCGCGCGGCGACAACCUGCUGGUGGGCGCGUACGACCGCAAGCUGGCGUGGUUCGACCUGGAGCUGUCGGCGCGGCCGUACCAGACGCUGCGCCUGCACGGCGGCGCGGUGCGCUCCGUGGCCUUCAGCGCGCGCUACCCGCUCUUCGCCUCCGCCGGCGACGACCCCUGCAUCGUGGUCUCGCACGGCAUGGUCUACAACGACCUGCUCCAAAACCCGCUGCUGGUCCCACUGAAGCAGCUGCGCGGUGGCGAGAAGCGCGACGAGUUGUGCGUGCUGGAGGUGCGCUUCCACCCCACGCAACCCUGGCUCAUCGCCGCCUGCGCCGACGGCACCAUCCGCCUUUAUGCAUAGACAAUAAUAAUAAUACAAACAUUAUAUUAUAUAAAACGAUGCCAACAGAA